GAGCUGAGCCAGCUCUGCCCUUGCGCUCGCGGAACCUCCGAGGAAGAUUUUGCUGCUACUCCUCGGAGUAUUCACUACUCCUCCUUCCCUCCUCACAGGUUUUACCUCCUCCACCUCCAAGAUGACCUUCAUCCAGUGCGAGGAAGACUGCUACUCCCCCUGCAGCUUCGGGAGCUUCUACGGGGGCUACCGGGGCUACGACUGCGGCAGCCCCUGCGGCUACCGCGGCUACGGAGGCCUCUACGGCUCCCGCGGCCUCUACGGCUUCGGUGACCGCUACGGCUUCGGUGACCGCUACGGGAGCUUGUACGGCUACCGGGGCCUCUCCGGUGACUGCUACGGCUCCGGGGGGUACUACGGGGGCUACAGGGGCUUCUACGGCUCCGGGGACUGCUACGGAUCCUCCGGGUUCUCCUACGGCCGCUACGGCUUCCCCUACGGCUCCCGCUACGGCCAGAGGUUCGGCUACGGGGGCUGCUACAGCUGCUGAAGCCGCAGGGAGAGACCCUCACCAAAACUCGGGUUUGGUGGGCGUGGAUGGAUGGAGGGGGCGUCGCUGAGAGGAGUUUUGGGGACCGGAGGAGCCCCCAGGGUUCCCCACGCUGCUGCUGAAGGGUUGGCGGCGCUUUGGCUCCAUCCAGAUCUUCUCAAGUCUCCAAGCAAACCCAACUUGUGUGAAAAGUUCCCUCUGACUGGAUGAUGUGGGUGCCUCAUGUGACUUUGGGUGUGUGGUCUUUUCCUUCUGUGAUUCCCUUUAAAAUCGUCUUUGCCUUUCGUUCCUAUUAAAGUUUAUUUUUUCCUGCAUCAAUUCAGCGUUUCUGGGUUUGUUUGUUAAAUUUCUCAGAUAGUUUCGAAUCUUUGGUGUCCAACAUCCUGGGGAAGCCUCAACAUCCUGUUUGCUCUAUUUUGCGCUAAAUUUAAAUUAAAAUUAAUGCCAGAAAUCAGGUGGAGAUCCCACAAAUACGAAAUCUAUCCCAGCAAAAGGAUUGGGAGACAAAAUCACGAAAUUUCCUCCUGGUCAGGUCGUGGAAGGGGCUGCCCAGGGAGAAUGAGGACAUUUCUAUUUUAUUUUAUUUUAUUUUAUUUUAUUUUAUUUUAUUUUAUUUUA